UGCACAAGAAAGACGAAGCAGAAAUACGUCUGAUAGCCAUUUUGUUUGGUGAAAGCAGUCGCGGUGCACUCUGCUCGUUUGAGUUAAGCUUUUGACUGAACAUCAUGGCAGGUUAUUCACGAGCGCCUGCACCUGCUGCCUACCCGGCCGCGUACCCUGCCGUGCGACCUGCCGCGUAUCCUGCCGCGUAUCCUGCCACGCGUCCCCCAACUGCUCCCGCAUCACCAGUACACACCGUAGCUGCAACUACUGUGGGAGCAACUACCGCUGCCGGGACUCCCGAGGAUGAGCAGGACGAACACGGAGGAGAGCAUACGGAGCCCAAAGAAGACCUAAGAGGGCCUGCCGAUUUCUUCGCUGGGUUGACUCCCAACGAGCGCAACAUUCGCAUCUUCUAUUGCGUCUCCUUUUUUACCAUCAGCGUCGUCGUUGCGCUCGGCGUUUUCAUCAUAAUCAUCGGGCCCGACCGCCCGGACUUCUUUACAAACCGGUUCACAGGAUUAGCAAGAAAAAUUACUGUUGAAGUAACGGAUGAGCAAGGAAGUACCAGUACAGCUGCACGGCCGAUUACGACGACGAGUUCCGACGACAGCAGUGGUUGCUUCGAGACAUCCUCGCUGACCCUCUGCGUGAUUGCAAUGGGGAAGUCCUACACGUGCAUUCCUUCAGGCAGUUCUAAAAAUCGUCAUUGCCUGGAGUGGGACGCUCAAUACCACUGCCUCAAGUCGCCAAGGUUUGCAAACAAGUCGCAUUGUGAGGACACCUGCGCUCGUGAGGGCGGGGAGAACUGCACAGCGGUAACUACGUGCUCGUGCUCCGGCGACUACAGGCGCACCAACUGGGUAUAUGAUACCACACUUGGCUGUCGCCUGCUCAACCAAAACUACUGCGUCGAGAGCAAGGCUGGCUUCAGGGACGCCAAAACAUGCACUGAGACGUGCACUGGGUCUGGUACUUCUCCGGAUGACCGUUGUAAUGGAACGUACACGCUACGCUCCUGUACGUUCGAAGACCGCCUGUACCGCUACUUCUGGGACACCAAACUUCACGAGUGCGUUGCUUGGGAAAAGAAGAUCUGUCUCCAAGAUGCGUACGAAGAGCUGCACUCCUGCCAUGAGCGCUGCUCCUAAGCCCCCACGGAAGGGGUUACACUGUCUCGCCUACCUUAAAUGCAAAGCCAAAGCGCACUCAAACCCGAGCGACCAGGACACAUCAGACUGGCGGUGUCUUGUUUCCAAAGGACGGUUGGGGCAAGAUGAGGCAAUGUGCUUUUUUUGAAUUUCUUGUUCUGUGUUUAUUUUAGAGCCGGUUAUGUCCGUUCUGAUUUACAGAUCAGAGGCUCCAGACAUCUGAGAAUGUGCCUAUGGACGUAUCUUGAAAAACACGAAAAAUAAAAAUUCCAUAUUCGAC